CUUCGAACCAACCUCAUAGCCGCACAAGGCUCUUGCCAGGAUUCCAAAAUCUGGUGACCGUCCGAACUCAGUGUUGUUACAGUAAGCCACAGACAUGGGUGCUGUAGCAAGAGCCUUAGACCUUGUUUACUACCUGGUCGUUGGAGUUGUUAACUGUCGCAAGCAACGCAUUUCGACCUGCUCCAACAGCCACGCUGCAGAUGCCCCGCAGUUGUGUUGGUUCUGGGGUAAGAAGCUGCAAUCCAGAGAUCGUGCCUAUAUAUACAGCCUUGUCUUCUACUUCUCUAAUUGCUCGAUAUCUUUCUUUCUUUCGUUCCUUCUUUCUAUUCUUUUGUUUACGUUUUAGACACAAGCCCGAUUCGCCCUCUGCUGAUCAUUAUGAACGCAAGGCAAAGAGAAAGGCAAGGCUUAAGAGAGCUAGGAGUAGUUUUCGUGAAAGCUAUCCUGCCAGAAAAUUUUCCAACGCACCUUCUCAAAACAUUCCAGAAAAUCAGAUCCUUCAGAACGAUCGAUCUCGCUACCUUUCAUUUAAGCGACCCAUCAGUACUACCUGAACGAGUUCUCUGGAGAAGUGAAAUAACGAAUCGUGCGAAGAAGAUCGUUAAAAUCGCCGAGGUUCUCAUAGAAGAUGCGCCUGCCGAGAUGGGAGUGCGAUUCGACUUGGAGCAGAAGGUUCUAAGCCGUUUCAAGAAGAUCAUCGAGUGCCCAUCCACGGCCUGCAACAGGCGGUUAUGGAGGUCAGAAGUAGAAGUAGAGGUGGAGUUUCCGGGUCCCAUCGCCGAAAGUCUGAUAACUCGACGGCAAGGCCGUACACCAUGCCAGUGCUCGCCGGGUGAGAAAAAAUCAGACUUCAACAAAAUCUUCUCAAGCCGGGCAGACGAAAUGACCUCUUUCGAUUCCGAUAAAAACGAUUCCGAGAAGAGCAUAAAGAGAAGGCGACCUGACCGCAUCCUCGGGUUUCAAGAAACGGGCAGCUUCAGUAGCCGGCUUAUGAAAUAUAAUCUGAUGGCUGGACGACUAGAAAAGGAAGCUGGCCUCGAGACUAUAUGGGAGACGGUCCAGAGUACCGUUUUGAAUCACAAGGGAAAUUCCCUUUUCUUUCCCUUUCUUAUUAUCGAGGCAAAAUCAAGAGUCGGCCAAUCUUUCGAUGAUUGCAAUAUACAGACUGCAUUACCAAUUUUGAAAAUGUUGAAAAUACAAGAGGGCUUGCAGAGGGAGUCUCAAAUGACCUUAGAGUAUGGAGGUCCUUUAGUCUGGUAUAUAGCGUAUAGAGCCGAAGACUGGCGUCUGUCGGCUUGCUAUAUCUCCGAGAAGCCUGAUGGGCCAUUAUAUGAGAUUGUAACUCUUUGGACUGGGCUGUUGAAUGACCUGGAGAGCACACUUCAGCUCCUUCUUAUUAUUGACUAUAUAUUCGACUGGGCUCGCGAUAUAUACAGGCCUUCAUUAAUCUCCCAGCUUGAGAGACUUGCAAUUGGUCCCUCAGAGGACAAUGACCGUACCUGCGAUGAUGAUAUCUCUAGAAUUGAAAGAGACAGCGAUAUUCUCUCGUUAGCCUAUCCGAAGCAGACACUCGCCUCGAUAAAGAAGUCAAGCGUUAUCAAAGAUUGGGGGGCUGCUGUUGAACAUGAUACUGAGAUCGUACCUGAUGAGGAACGAGAUCUUAAGAAGUGGGCGACUCACGAUUCGAAUUUCGGUGUUUUCCGCCCAGCAUGUACUGUCCAGAACUUGUUUCGAUGCGUUUUCGUUACGAAGGCGAACAUUGAUGCACUUUUCUCCACUGUAACUAAGCAAUCCGCUAAGAAUACGCUUGCAAAAAAUGCAUUAUAUGCUCUAGAUCGAUACACCACCGUUUUGGUAUCAGAGGAUAUACUCGACACGUUGGAAGAACUCUGGACAAACAGAGCCAGACCGAAAACCCCGCAGCAUACUGUGGAAACACGUCUUUUUGCAUCUAUUGUUUAUCAUACGGUUGUGACAAACUACUGGGCACUCCAAAGGAUAAUCUAUUGUCUUGUACUUGACGAGGAAGCGUUGAACUAUGUGAAGAGCUUUACCGCACGAAAAUCCCCCCCUAUGCCUUUCAAAACUGCCAAAAUGUUUAGGAAGAGCAAUGCAGAAGCCUUGAUAGGUUCCUUGCAAAAUCAGUCUAUUCAACAAAAUCUCGCAUCAGCUUUGGCUUCAACAAGACAAGUAUUACACGAAAUAAGCACUGGCACUUCGUUGCCAAAUUCCUACGCUACCUUCGAGUUUGUCGAUAUACACUACUGUCAGGCCGGAUGGGGCCACAUAGAGACAUAUGAGGUGAUAGAUAAAGUAUAUCGUCGGUGUGAGAAGAAUUCCGAGGAACCAACAGAGCCAUUUCUUCGAAUCUCUCACCAAUGGAAUUCACUGAUUAGUGACGCCACUAGUCCGACUGUCGCAUCAUACUUUCCGAACUCUGUACCUUCAACUAAUGAGCAGUAUGUUCUAGUAGCACAGGACAUGCAUGGAGAGAGGCAACGUCUUUGUAUAUACGUCAUUCCAGGUCCCACGGAAGCAAUUGAGCGACUAGGAAAGACUUUGCAUAACGCGGCUGAAAUUGAUGUACUCUACAAGUACUCUCUGAGAAGUGGUAGCUCAAAUAACUGGAAGGAAGUGUAUAAGAAGUGGUGGACGACGGAUUCUGAAAGCUGUCAGCAAGAAAUCAAGCAAUUUCGACAAUGGAGACACGAAGUGCAAGAUAAGCUCCCACAGAGUCUUUCUGCCAUCACAGAGGCCGAAAGCAGCCUCAAGCGCCCUUGCGAAAACGGAGAGAGUGGCGAUGCUUUGACUAUCCAGAAGAGAGUCAAAAGUUCAAUUAUAAUAAUCGAUGAUUAGGCCGGGAAUGGAGUCGUUUGGUGUAGG